AGGACUGCAGGUGCCAUGCACCCUUUACGACGUGUCCUUCAAGCACCGAGGUCUCUAAAGUGGGGGCCACUGAGCUCUGUGUCCUGCCUACUGCUCAGGACCUGCAGGGCACAUUGCAGUGUCUCUAGCACUUCAUGUCUUAGUCCAGAGGGACAGAGCUCAGAAGGUGUUCAGAGGGAUUUCAGCUCCAGGCUAGCCGCCGGACCAACUUUUCAGCAUUUUUUAAGAAACGCUUCAGAUCUUCAACAGAAACCAUCUUCUCCAGAAGUGGAGGACCCACCCCCCUACCUCACAGGGGAUGAACUUCUAGGACGGCAGAGGAAAGUCUACCUCGAGACCUAUGGCUGCCAGAUGAAUGUGAAUGACACAGAGAUAGCCUGGUCCAUUUUACAGAAGAGUGGCUACCUGCGGACCAGCAACCUCCAAGAGGCCGAUGUGAUCCUUCUUGUCACGUGCUCUAUCAGGGAGAAGGCUGAGCAGACCAUCUGGAACCGUUUACAUCAGCUGAAGGCUCUGAAGACAAAGAGACAACGUUCCCGGGUACCUCUGAGAAUUGGGAUUCUAGGCUGCAUGGCUGAGAGACUAAAGGGAGAGAUCCUCAACAGGGAGAAAAUGGUGGAUCUCUUGGCUGGUCCAGAUGCCUAUCGAGACCUUCCCCGGCUGCUGGCUGUUGUGGAGUCCGGUCAGCAGGCAGCAAACGUGCUUCUCUCUCUGGAUGAGACCUAUGCGGAUGUCAUGCCAGUCCAGACAAGCCCCAGUGCCACUUCUGCCUUUGUAUCAAUCAUGCGGGGCUGUGACAACAUGUGCAGUUACUGUAUUGUUCCUUUCACUCGUGGCCGGGAGAGGAGUCGACCAGUUGCCUCCAUUCUAGACGAAGUGAGGAAGCUCUCUGAGCAGGGGCUAAAAGAAGUGACACUUCUUGGUCAGAAUGUUAAUAGUUUUCAGGACAAUUCAGAGAUCCAGUUCAAUAAUGCAGUGUCUACCAACCUCAGCCGUGGCUUUACUACCAACUAUAAAACCAAACAAGGGGGGCUUCGUUUUUCCCAUCUUCUGGAUCAGGUUUCAAGAAUAGACCCUGAAAUGAGGAUCCGUUUCACCUCUCCCCACCCCAAGGAUUUUCCUGAUGAGGUUCUACAGCUGAUUCAUGAGAGACACAACAUCUGUAAGCAGAUCCAUCUGCCAGCCCAGAGUGGAAGCAACCGUGUACUGGAUGCCAUGCGGAGAGGAUAUUCAAGGGAAGCUUAUGUGGCAUUGGUUCAUCAUAUCAGAGAAUGUAUCCCAGGUGUAAGCCUCAGCAGUGACUUCAUCACUGGCUUCUGUGGAGAGACAGAGGAUGAUCACCUGCAGACAGUGUCUUUACUUCGAGAAGUUCAGUAUAAUGCUGGUUUUCUCUUUGCAUACAGCAUGAGGCAGAAAACACGAGCAUAUCAUAGGCUGAAGGAUGAUGUUCCAGAAGAAGUAAAAUUAAGGCGUUUGGAGGAACUUAUUACUGUCUUCAGAGAAGAGGCGUCAAGAGCCAAUGAGGCCUCAGUGGGUUGUACCCAGCUGGUAUUGGUUGAGGGGGUCAGCAAACGUUCUUCUGUAGACCUGUGUGGCCGGAAUGAUGCAAACCUUAAGGUGAUCUUCCCUGAUGCAGAGGUGGAGGAUGUCACUAACUGUGGGCUCAAGGUCAGAGCUCAGCCUGGGGAUUAUGUGCUGGUGAAGAUCACCUCUGCCAGUUCUCAAACUCUCAAAGGACACAUUCUCUGCAGGACCACUAUGAAAGACUCAUCUACAUAUUGCUUGACCUGAGUGGAUGGCUUAAUAGUGGACUUGGCCAGUUUUUCCUCAUGCUUUGGAGACAAGGCAAUAGUCAUGAAGCGCCUUGGUACCAAAUGGAAGAGUACAUUUCUUUGUUGUCACUUGAACAGCUUUUACAAUAAAUUUCAUAAGUUAA